UAGAGGGAGAGCUCUAACGGGACCAUUUUCAGGGGAGUUGCACGCGGGGCAAUCCACAGCUGCACCGACUGCAAGUGACCCGCGCGUCACCAGCUGUUGGUAGUCAUGUUGCAGCGAGGCUCGUGGUGCGUCGUGCUGACAGUAGCCGCUGCGGGUUCUCUACUAGCAGGCGCGGCUAGAAAUCAACUGAUAGCUGAUGGUCCUGCAGAACCUGACACAUUGAUGAAUUGGAAGAACUCUAGAGAUUUGCAAGAACAUAGGGACCUGUGUGAGGAUGGCACCAGUCCCGGAUUUCGCGAAGGCAGCCUGUUAGAUAUGAAACGAGCGUUUCAUGCAAUGCGAGGCAAGAAAGCCGCACCUUUUCACGCUAUGCGAGGUAAAAAGCUCAAAGGUAGCAACGGGGACAUCAACACCAUUAUCGCUGAGCUCCGAAGGCAAAUCAUGGCUGGAAAAAGAGUGCAUUUUGUUUCAGGAUCGUUCUUCGGAAUGCGCGGAAAGAGGUUCGGUGGCCCUGCUAACUUAGAAGCCGAGGUCGCUGCACCUGUUAUGGAAGAGACCCGGUAGAUUCUAGACCUAACGGACGUCCACUGGCUUUUAGAGGAGGACCAGUCUGGUCCAAUAAUAGCCGUAAAAUCGCAUUUCCUAAUAUGCCUCAGCCGCAGACAAAAACCGGCCGUUCGUUCACACGUAUUUAACCAAAGCUACUUAUUUUAACAAGUUCUUAUCACAUUACAAUGCAAAACUGCAUUCCACGAGCAAAUGAAAUAAAAAUAAGCUUUACGUUAAAACAUGCGUACAUAUACAGAAGAAAAAGUGAACUCUAAAGUCUUGCAAGAAUCCAGCUUAGAUAUGAAAAUAAAAAUUUAGCCGUUUAACUGAGCACAACGGACCUGCUACAGAAACGCAUGACCGGAAAACCUUAGCUGCAAAGAGAUCCAUAAGUAAUUUGAGUAUAUUCAUUCGAUAUAUUAAUCUAAAGAAUAGCGUAAAAAUUAUAAGAGUGCCGAAUCAACUUAGCUAUUCCAUGAGUGAUAUAUUAUAAAAUGCAUUAAAGGCUUUUUUAGGUAAAGGGAAAUCUUCAAGAGGAAUGGGUGUACAUACAAACCGUUCCCAUCGGUUUGGCAGUCUUAUUUUUAAAAAAUAAAUUUAUAAAUGGGUUAAUCCGUAAACAAAAAUUCCUGAGUCAGCGAGAGAAUUAUUUAGGAAAUAGGCAUUGGGCAUCACCAAUUUGAAAGUAAAAAUGGCGCAAACAUUUCGAUAAAUAGUAUCCGAACGGUGAUUUGGAGUGCCCGUAACGUCCUGAAGGACAAAACAGGUUUCAUAUAUACGCAAACACACUAUCCUGGAGGGAUUUCUAAAUCAAUCCCUUGAAAUCCGUUCAGCACUUUCAGGUUUCAAAGGUCACUAUGACUGUCAUGACCCUAUUGCAGAACAUCACGCGUAAAGCUUAUUUUAAUAUAGUAUUGUAAUAUGUUGUUUGGAAAUAAGCUGCUGAUAAGCGUCGUAAAAAAAUUGUCUCGAUUAAAUAAUAUUGGGAAAUAUUACAUGAAAAUGGAAAAGUUAACAGAUCCACAAUAAAGACUGAUGAAGUGAUCUCAACGUGGAAUGUUUUCCGUAGGAAAAAAAUAUUAGCAAAUAAAAUAGCAAACUACUGAACGCAAUUUUACGAAUGACGUUAACUGGUAAAGUGGUAAUAAAUAAUGUACGCAGUAUAUAUCUGCAUGUGUAAAUGAUUGAAUACCAAUAUAGAUUUUUUGAUUUAGUAACCACCGUUUACUCGACGAAGCCGAUGAUGUAAGAUGGAAGUAUUAAUGACGGUUUGCAGGCUGGCGAAUUUGCUGCAGUAUGCUCUUAGUGGUCGGCAUUUUUUUAAAAAUUUAAACUAUAAAAGUUUAAUGAUGUUAAGCUUUCCAAUUACUGUUUCUAUAAUGAUCACGCCGGCAUAGCCACGAUCAUUUUCUAGACCACUCCCUUACUCCGUAGCCAGCGACAACAUAAACUAGUUCGUUACAACAGAGGACCUAGGUUUAAUCGGACAAAACUAAGAGUUCUAAAAACAGUUUUCUAAAAAACAACACGUCGUUCAUCCAUCCAAAUGAAUCCGCCGUAGUUUAUCUGUCGGGGUGUAUAGGCUGCAUAACCAACUCGUUGUAUUUUAAUGAAAUACUUAGAUUAACACAAUGUUCAUCAACAACAAAGUUAGCUUCCGUGUGAAUCUGGUCCCUAAGAUCUCAUUUCGUCGAGCUAUGCACCUUAGGUAACUAACGUCACUCGAAUCAAUCAAAAAGACGCCACACUAAUAGAAAAUAUUACAAGCUUAUUAGUACAAGCUUAGGAGAAGUAUGAAUCGGUUAUACUCAGUCGUGUACCAACAAAGAAAGCCUGGUACAAAGAUGAUUAGCUGAAACUGCAAUUGAUUGUACCGCCAGAUUGCGUGUUGCAUUUAUCUACAAGUUUCCCCUCGUUCCGAAACGUCGCUACAAUGUGCAAAAUGAUGGCAUGCUUGAAUCCAAAAGGGCAUACAUGAUACAAUUCUUAACUAUCCCGACUGCAACGUGCAGAGCGGCUUUUCUAAGAAUUAAUUAUCUUAGACAGCAAAUAGCUCAAAAGAGUAAUAAUAUAAAUAAUAAUCGUAAGAAUUCGAAGAGCUAGUAUCAAAUAUAAGAUGAUUCACAACACAGCUACCUGGUAAAUUCGAACCUAUCCUUGUACACUUCAUAAUAUAAUAUGAAGUCAAAUAGAAAUCCGAUCACAAACAGUGUACGAAUAUUGAUUCAC